GUUACAAGUGUAUAAAUGGGCACAGCUUAUUUUUAGGUCAAACCAAAAUUGGAUUUUAAAUCCAUGAAUGAUUCACAAGCACAAGUUUACAUGAACCAUUAACAUCAACAAGUUUUAUUUUAUAGUUUAAAGAGGAUGGAUUUGUUUGAUGUUUAUAGUUUGUCAUGGCAAUUGUUUGCUCUUCUUAUUACACUGUUGGCAAUUUUUCUGUACCGACACUAUACAAUAUUGAAGAGAUAUGGUAUACCAGGUCCGACACCAUGGCCUAUCAUCGGAAAUCUUCAUGAACAAGUUUACAGGGGAAUUCAUGUCACAGAUGAAGAAUGGUCAAAGAAAUAUGGCAAAGUAUUCGGAUAUUUCAAUGGGUAUAAUCCAGUUAUAGCUGUAACAGAUCCUGAUAUAAUCAAGGCAGUACUAAUCAAAGACUUCCAAAACUUUACAGAUAGACCACACAAUGGUAACCUCCCGAAGUUGAUGUUAGAUGGACUAUUCUUCAUGAAAGGACAAACAUGGAAGAAAACUAGAAACAUCAUUACACCCACCUUCAGUGCAGGAAAGCUAAAAAAUCUUGUGCCCAUUAUCAACAAAUGUGCUGAAACUUGCAUCAAUAAAUUAGAAAAAGAGAUUGGAAAAGAUGUGACUGUUAGAAGUUGGUUUGUAUGUUUUACAAUGGAUGCUAUUGCAUCUACAGCCUUUGGUAUAGAAAUAGAUUCCCAGAAACAACAUGAUGAUCCAUUUGUUAGAAACCUGGAGAAAAUCUUUAAGCUCACCCAGUGGAAAAGGAUUCCUAUAUUUCUAUCAGCUAUGAUACCACCUCUAGGAAAAUGGCUGUAUAAGAUAGGGAUCACCACAUGGCCUACAGAAUGUGUCAACUUUUAUAAUGAUAUAGGACAGGCCUUGAUUGAUGAAAGAAGGAAAAAUAAAAUGGACAGAGUGGACUUCAUACAAAUGUUGAUGGAUGCAGAUUUUGAUAAUACAAGAGAGGGGUACAUCAAAAAUGAGACUACAAUGUCCAAUGGUGCUUCUAGUGGUCAUCAUGUACAUAAUCUAGAAAGGUUGACUGAUGAUGAAAUAAAAGGUCAGGCGUUUGUAUUCUUUCUUGCUGGGUUUGAGACAACAGCUAGUCUACUACGUUACUCAGCUUAUAUCCUGGCAUUUCAUCCUGAACUAGAUUCACAACUUUAUGAUGAGAUACAGAAAUAUAUUGGGCAGGAUGAUCCAGACUAUGACAGUAUAAGUGAUUUAAAGUUCAUGGAUCAGUUUAUUUACGAGGUCCUCAGAUUUUACCCUCCAGUUCCAAGGUUAACAAGGAAGGCUCAUGAAGAGAUAACAGUUGGAGGAAUAACAAUACCUAAAGGUACAUCAAUACAAAUACCUGUGUGGAACGUUCAUCAUAGUGAGGAAAAUUACCCCGAACCAGAGGCUUUUAAACCUGACAGAUUUGCUCAGGGAAAGAAAGGGGCUACAGAAAAGAUCACGUUUUUACCAUUUGGUACAGGGCCGAGAAAUUGUAUUGGAAUGAGACUAGCACUUGUUGAGGCCAAGAUUGCUCUUGUUUAUAUGUUAAGGAAAAUUAGAUUUGUCAAAUGUGAAAAAACACAGAAUCCACCAUUGAAUCUGCGACAUUUCACUUUACUGAGUCCAAAAACACCCAUCCAGGUGAGGAUAGAGGCAAGGUUAUCAUAACAACACCGGCCAAGUUUGAAAUGUGAUAACAGUUUUAAUGAGAUAGUCUAUAGAAGAGAUCUUCUAACCAGAGAACAUAAACAGUUCAUUAUUAUCUCAUUGUUCUAUUUAUAUAGAAAUGUAUAUAAACUUCGAGCUCCACAUCAGUUAUGUCAAUAUUAUAAUAUAACAUUUUAUUUGGUUGGGCAUAGGAAAUAUAUUGGACAUAAAUUUUAUUGUACUUUGUUUAAUUUUUUAAAUUCAUCAGUUCAUUAAAUGAACUUUUUCGAAAGUUAUUCUAAAGAAGAUAAUUCUUGGGAAUGUAGCUAUCCUUAAACUUGUAGAAUGAAAAACUUAAUUUCUUGUUGUUGCAUUGUGCAUAUAAAAAGAGUAUAAUUAGAGCAUUAAAGAUCCAAUAAUUGUU